GCCGCCGCGCGCUCAGUGUCGCGGGCACUUCCAACGGCCGCUGGCAGCACAGCAGCGGGCCGCACACCGACAACCUAGUUCCGGGGCCGCUGCCUCCCGGGAGACUCCGCGCACAGUCUCCCGGAGCAGAUCGUGCGGUGAACCGUCGCCCCCGACCCCCUCCGGAUCUGCUCGCACCGACCAGGACUGCCUGCACCCUCGGGAGGCGACCCUGGCCGACGCCCGGCCCCCGGGCAGAAGUGAGCCUCGGCGACCGCCGGUUUCCCUGUGCUGUGGAAGGAACUAGAUGAUGUAACCAGCUCUGCAGGAAGACGCACAUGGUUUUACACUGAGCAAGCGCUCUCAGAUCCUGUGUUAGUUCAGAGUUACUCGAGAAAGAAAAUAAUGUGACGGUUGUUAUCAGAGAGGCUUUUCUGGAAGUGUGGGAUACCCGUGAAAAAGACUGCCUUUCCCCAUCUGCGAAGUGGACAUUCUUAGACUCCAAAAUGCCAGCCAAGACCCCAAUUUACCUGAAAGCCGCGAACAACAAGAAGGGAAAGAAAUUUAAACUGAGGGACAUCCUGUCCCCUGAUAUGAUCAGUCCUCCCUUGGGGGACUUCCGUCACACCAUCCACAUCGGCAAAGAGGGCCAGCAUGAUGUCUUCGGAGACAUUUCCUUCCUUCAAGGGAACUAUGAGCUCUUGCCUGGAAACCAAGAAAAAACACACUCUGGCCAGUUCCCUGGGCAUAAUGACUUCUUCCGGGCCAACAGCACCUCAGACUCAAUGUUCACAGAAACGCCCUCCCCAGUGCUCAAAAAUGCCAUCUCUCUCCCAACCAUCGGAGGAUCCCAGGCUCUCAUGCUGCCCUUAUUGUCACCAGUGACAUUUAACUCCAAGCAGGAGUCCUUUGGGCGUCCUAAGUUGCCAAGGCUCAGCUGUGAGCCUGUCAUGGAAGAGAAAGUUCAGGAGAAAAGUAGUCUGUUGGACAACGGGAGAGUCCACCAGGGAGACACCUCGUGGGGUUCCAGUGGGUCUGCGUCUCAGUCCAGCCAGGGCAGGGACAGCCACUCCUCCAGCCUGUCUGAACAGUACUCCGACUGGCCCGCGGAGGACAUGUUUGAGCAUCCCGCCUCCUGCGAGCUCAUGAAGUCAAAGACUAAAUCAGAGGACUCCCUCUCUGACCUGACAGGCUCCCUGCUCUCGCUGCAGCUGGAUCUGGGGCCCUCACUUUUGGAUGAGGUCCUGAAUGUCAUGGAUAAAAAUAAGUAACCUGGAGUCAGCUCUUUUCCUUUGGAGUAAGAGGUACCAAAAUAAGCAGAAAACAAAAACUCAGCUAACCACAACUGAUGGAAAGAGCUGCCUGGCUGGGUUUUUGCAGCCGCGUGAUGCAUUUUCUAAAAUAACGUUCCUGUUCCUACGAAAUAUUUUUUUAACCACCUUGCCCUGUUUGCAAAAACAAUUUUGAAAACAAUAAUUUUAAAAAAUUAAAAAAAAAAAACCUGUCCUGGCAAAAAGAGAGAGGAAGUGAGUCAGAGCUCAUUUCAGUGGGCAUGGCUGGUGCUCGGCUCAGUUGUGUUUGUUUGCAGGCACGCGGAAAUCCAGGCGCUUGAAAAGGGCUGGGUCAUGGGUCUCUCCAAGGCGCUUGACAGCAUGUUGUGAGAAGGAAAUCAAAACUCGCUUCACACCUAAGCCUUCUUUUUUCCUAGACUCUUUUGUAUAUUGUAUCCUUUGGGCUCACCAUAGCGAAUUCUCCAGUGUUAAGAUUUUACUGUUUUCAUAUUCAAACAACCUUAAGGGACCGGGGUUUUUUUCUUGUGAUUCUUAUAUACCCCUGUAUAUUAUUUCCAUGUUCCAGAAGUUUGACUGUCAGCUACAUGUUGGUAAAAACAAGCAAGGUGUUACUGUAACUAAGUUAUUUUUAAAGUUGAAAUAUAUUUUUAUGUGCAUUUGGCUUUUUA